AUGGUUGAGUCUCCCACCUCAUCGCAAACGGCAGCGCCUGCUCCACGCUUGGCAUCAUCUCCAUUCGACAAGCCUGACGCAGAUAUCGUCCUACGCAGCGCCGAUGGUGUCGAUUUUUGCGUACGCAGCCACAUUCUCAUCGAAGCUUCCCCAGUCUUCGAGUCCAUCCUCUCCAUCCCGCAACCCCAGAUGGACGGCCGCCCAAUCAUCGGCCUUACCGAGGACCACAAGACCCUCGACAUCAUCCUACGCAUCUGCUACCCCAUCGUGAAGCCCGAUUCGCCUCGCAGCUUGGGAGAGAUCGAGCUGGCGGUGAAGGCUGCGCUGAAGUACGAUACGGAGCUACCUUUGUCGGUGCUGAAAGGGGAGCUGUUUUCACUGUCUCCUACCAAUCCUACCGCAGUGUGGGCUAUAGAUUGCCGCACCGGCCUGGAGGACGUCGCACGCCGCGGUGCAGCCGAGAUUGUCGUUCGUCAGGCACCCCUCAAUGUUGCAGUCGGCGCCCUGGAGGGAGUCUCCGCAGGGGACUACUACCGCCUGCGCGAGUUCCAUCGCAAGGGAGGUAAAGUCGAAGAUAGCUUCCGGCUCAUUUCUUCCUCGACCGAGACGCCUUCUGAGGCCUCUGGGACAAGCGGUUAUGUUGCCGCUCCUCCUGAGGCCCCGUAUCCGGACCUGGUGUGUACCUCUUCCGAUGGCAUAGAAGUCCCGGCACACAGAGGUUUCUUAGCCUCCGCGUCGCCGGUCCUGAAGAGACAGAUCGAUGAUCUUUCCGAACCCACCUCCGAAUCAGAUCUCCCUGUCCUCCGGCUGAGCGAGCCCGCUCAGCUACUCAAGUCAUUGUUGGGGUUAUGCUAUCCGGGGCAGCUACCGGACUAUCGACCGUACCCCGCACAACUCGCCGCUAUCCUUGCAGCGCUUACGAGGUACGAGAUGCAAAGCCUUCGCAUCGCCAUUUUGCCACAGUGGGAGGAUCUGGCGAGAGCCGAGCCCUUGCGGGCUUACCUCAUCGCCUCUCGUGCACAGCUGCGAGAUUGUGCCACGACGGCGGCAGAACACACGCUGCACACCCCUCUCGAAGGGGGCUAUGUGGCUGAAAUGGAGAGUUCCCCAGCACGGGCUUACCACCAUCUUCUUACCUACCACGCGUCCUGCCGCGCCAUCGCAAAGGAAGUCCUCCAGUCUCUACUGACCACGUCGCUAAAGGUAUCGUCGGGCAACCCGCCUACACGAAAAGUACCUCGCCUGGAAGGCUGGGACGUAGAGUAUGUCGACUCCAAAUCGCCAGUGUCCCAAGAUGCCUGGUUGACCACAUACGUCGAGCAACUCGUCGCAAAGGCGGACAUCAACCCGAAAGACAUCCCGCUUGUCCCAUCAGCUUUCGACGCGGCAACGACAGCUAGGCAGUGGUGCACGCGUUGCGCCACCCUCGCUCAAAAGCUGUCUGUUCAAGAUGCAGCGGUGGAACUGGUGUUUUGA